AUGGCAAAUGCCACAGUCCGCCAACGGCAAUGGUUAACAUCUCUCAUCCACUCACUCCCAUCAGAGGGCGUGGAUGCAUCACACGUCGCCAAUCCGCUUCGAGAUUUUGCACCAGAAGGCAAAAAUAUCCUACUGACACUCUACGCUCUGUUCGAGAAAGAGCUUCUCCCAGCAUUAGAUCUUCUCGACCGGAAUCUCGUCAGUCGUCUGCAAGUCCAGUCGCACGAAACGCAGGCACAACAAACGCGUCCUUAUAUGGUUCGCUCAGCACAGCAGCACUACGGCACUCACAGGGGUCACAAUCGCGAGCAUGUCAAUUACUACGAGGUACGACUACAGGCGUGGAGCUGCUCUUGUCCAGCUUUCGUCUUCUCCGCUUUCCCAGCUUCGGCGCCACAAUCUGAUGAGAAGGAGAAUGAUGAUCAGACCGAGGAGUCCGAUGUGCUAGUAGGGGGACUUACGCGGGGGGACGAUGUGCCAAUCUGUAAGCAUUUGUUGGCCUGUUUGUUAGUUCAGCACUGCGGCGCUUUCUCUCACUUUGUGGAAGAGAAAGAGGUGUCCAUGGAGGAAUUGGCAGGCUCGGCUGCUGGAUGGUAUGAUUGA